UCCGCCCUCUCUGUUGACGAUCCGGACGACGUCCUUAGAUCCCCAAAUGGUGUCUUCUUCGCUGGGUUUCACCGAGUUGGCCGUAAUGCUUACUCAUUUGCUGUAUGGUUCAGUAACCAAUCCUGCAUGCAUGACUGCAUCGUUUGGAUGGCAAAUCGAGACGAACCAGUCAACGGCAAACACUCAAAGCUCAUCCUCGACAAGCAUGGAAAUCUUUUCUUGAGUGAUGCCGGCCACAGGGUUGUCUGGUCCACGGACAUAGCCUCAUCUUCAUCAGCCACCUAUGUUGGGUUGCACCUUCUCGACUCCGGAAACCUCAUACUUCGUAGCUCUGGCCCUAGGCCAAGAGAUGAUACAGUCAUGUGGCAGAGCUUUGAUCACCCAACCAAUACGCUUCUACCUGAACAGAAGUUCACCCGGUUUACCAAGCUUGUCUCGUCCAGAUCCAGUGGAAAUAUCUCCUCAGGCUACUACAAUUUCUAUUUUGACAAUGAUAACGUCCUCCGGCUCCUCUACAGUGGCCCUGAGGUCUCGAGCGUAUACUGGCCCGAUCCUGCCGUACUCCCUUGGGAAAGCGGGAGGACCACAUACAAUGAUAGUCGAGUUGCGUUGCUAGACCCUCUUGGCAACUUCACCUCGUCCGACGAUUGGAAAUUUUUGGCUUCUGAUUAUGGGGAGAAACUUCAUAGAAGGCUGACGUUGGACGUCGUUGGAAAUGUCCGCCUGUACAGCCUGUUGGGGAGUGGUGCGUGGGCUGUCUCAUGGCAGGCAAUCGACACACCCUGCCAGGUACAUGGGAUUUGUGGGCCCAAUGCCAUAUGCCGGUAUAACGCAAGUUCUGGGAGGAGCUGCUAUUGUGCCCCAGGAUAUGAGAGGAAGAACCUUAGCGAUUGGUCUCAGGGAUGCAAGCCAAAGUUCGAGAGCUUCUGCAAGUUACCUGAUCCUAAGACAGGUGAAUUCAUCCGUUUUCCACAAAUGGAAUUCUAUGGCUACGAUGAGGAUGACUACCCGAAUUACACCUUGAAUCAAUGCCAAAAUAAAUGCUUGGAGUUGUGCAACUGCAAAGGGUUUAAGUACAAAUUUCAAAAGGACAGAAGCCAGCAUGAUUGUUACCCCAAGUUGUCGCUAUUGAACGGACGUGCCUGGGCCGCUGAUUUUGGGACCAUAUAUUUCAGGUUGCCCAAAGCCAUACUGUCCUCUGACCAAUUCCAGCAGGAAUCUUCUACCUUAAAUUGCUCACAAAGGUUUGAGGCCCUAGGGGUACUCCUUGUUCUAUGUUUUGUAACCGGGACACGGAAAAUGAAAGAUGAAGCCAGGCAGGGGUAUCAUCUUGCUGCUAUAGGAUUCAGAAGGUACACAUACGUCGAGCUAAGAAAGGCUACAUGGAAUUUUAGGGAAGAAAUUGGAAGAGGGGCCGUAGGGAGCGUUUACAGGGCAAUCCUGUCGGGUGAUCGGGUUGCAGCGGUGAAGCGGCUUAAUGAGAUGAGCCUUCACGGAGAGGAGGAGUUCCUCGCGGAGGUGAGCACGAUUGGGAAGCUCAAUCACAUGAACCUGAUUGAGCUAUGGGGCUACUGUGCCGAGGGGAAGCACCGCCUUCUAGUCUAUGAGUACGUGGAGCACGGCUCAUUGGCCGAGAACCUAUCCAAAGGCACAUUAGACUGGGGAAAGAGGUUUGAUGUUGCAGUCGGGGCGGCGAGGGGACUUGCCUAUUUACAUGAGGAGUGCCUGGAGUGGGUCUUGCACUGUGACGUGAAACCUCAGAACAUACUUUUGGACUGGAAUUACCAACCCAAAGUGGCAGACUUUGGGCUCUCCAAGCUUCUAAACCGCGGGGACAUAAAACAUUCAAGUUUCUCUAAGAUUAGAGGGACUCGGGGCUACAUGGCACCGGAGUGGGUUUACAACCUAUCAAUCACGUCCAAGGUUGAUGUGUACAGCUAUGGGAUUGUACUGCUAGAGAUGGUCACAGGGCGGAGCCCUGGGAGAGGUGUGCUGGAUACCAGCGCUGGAGGCGAGACAGAGAACCGAGGGCUGACUUCUUGGGUGAAACAAAAGAUGAGCGGAGAAGUUCCAACGGCGACAAGGAUCGAAGAGAUCGUCGAUCACUCCAUAGAAGGUGGAUAUGAUGUGAAGAAGGUCGAGGUUCUGGUAGCAGUGGCCCUUCAAUGCGUUGCAGACGACAAAGAUGACAGACCCACAAUGAGCCAAGUUGUCGAGAUGCUCCAUCGCUGUACAAAUGAGGCUGAAAUCUAGUGCCAAGUCUAUAAUUGUGGACCGUGCCUCAUUAUAUGCUCAAAGUCUUUAAUCUCCUCCGACUGGAAUCCCGAUAUUUGCAAUAAGCGGAAAGCAUGGCUCAUUAGAUGUGUAUUUUGUAGCUAAUUUCGUC